AUGCAGAAGCUCGACAAUGGUACUGCGCGCCUUUUGCUGCAAUUGUCAACGUUCGAGCUGGCGGCGUACUCGAUGAGCGAACCCCGAGCGCACAUCCGCAGCUCAUCGCCACCGCAAGGUACACCGGCACUCACGACGAAGCAGCAGCGACAAGCGACGUUGCUACUGAGGAGAAUCGACCGCGCACUCCAGCAGGACUCCACCCAUCAAUACGACGUGAUCCUCCGUCUCAACGAACACAAGCGCCGGCUCGAAGCUCUGAUACCGCGAUGCAGGCUUUUGGAGUUGCCGGCAGAGAUUCGCGAAGGAAUAUUCAUACUUGCGGUCACGGAAUGGGGCCCGGUACCCGGAGAUGACUUCAUUGAGAUGCCACCGUCGGAGGUUAGUGAUGCGCGAAGAAGAGUGCCGUUGCUUGAGAAGCGAGCAGUCCGGAUAGACAGGCUUAAUCGACCUGCGCCACCAGGACUCACUUGCGUCUCGCGACAGCUCCGAGAAGAGACCCUCCACCUCUACUACAAGCACAACACAUUCGAGCUCUGGCGACCCUUGUACUGGCUGCCCGACUGGACCUGCAGCACCUUCAUCGAUUGGUUGACCAUGCUAGAGGAGAAGAUACACUGGCUCCGAGACAUUGUCCUCCUCUACAAGCACGAUGAUGAGAUGGAGCACGACCUAGAAGGCGCUCUUGCGUACGAAGGAUUCCAACUCCGUCCUGGUAUCAUCACCAGCACCAAGGAGGUGUCCGAAUACGAGAUAGCUUCUGCGCAGUUUGGACUUCCGAAACACUUUGGCAGCAAGAAAGGGACGUCGCGGCGGAUCCGUUGGAUUGCGUCCUCCGGCGGGGGAUGA